AUUAUCAAAAUAUAGGGAUGAAAUAGUAAUAAAAACGGAGAUGUGUCUUUUUCUCUUUCGCCACUUUCGAGACGUAGACAAGUUUUGGCACUAAAACAUUAGGUCAUACGUGACAGAUUCUCCGUUUCAUUUUCAGCAUCUUUCAACAAGAAUUCAGACAGUAGAGCCGGUUACAAUAUAUAUAUAUAUACAUUGUUAUCGGUUUAAAGAACCUUGCUAUGAUUACAAAAAACAAAUCUUUUUCUCUACAUCAAUAUCUACAAAAAUGAAAAUGGAUUCGCUAACUUUUCUUCAACAAUGGUGGCAAGAACCAGGAAAAACGUAUCUAUUCAAUCCCUUCUCCUUCUGUUUUGUCAUACUCCUUUCGUUUCUGCUUUUAUUUAAACCCAAAAGAAAUAAUUACAAACUAAAUCUACCACCAUCUCCACCAAAACUACCCAUAAUUGGAAACCUUUACCAGAUAAAUGCAUUUCCUUUCAAAUCUUUUACAUCCCUUUCUGAAAAGUAUGGCCCAUUAAUGUUUCUUCGCUUAGGACAAGUUCCUACCCUUGUGGUUUCUUCUUUAGAACUGGUUAAAGAAAUUACCAAAAACCAUGAUAUUAUUUUUGCAGAUAGGCCUACUUUGACUGGUGUAGGUAUCGUGUUGAAUGGAAGCCCUGACAUGGCACUUGGCCCAUACAGCGACUAUUCAAGGGAUGCAAAGAAGCUUUGUGUUCUUCAACUUUUGAGCCAAAACAGAGUUCAACAGUUUCAUUUCAUAAGAGAAGAAGAAGUUGCGAAAAUAGUUGAAGAGAUACGCCUUUCAACCGUGAAUAUCGGAGCUCCGAUUAAUCUAAGUGACAUGUUUACCAGUCUUGCACAUAAUAUAUUAUCAAGAUCAGCCUUUGGUUCCCUAUAUGAAAAUCAAAAUGGUAAUUAUAAGAGUUUUGGCGAAUUAGCAAGAAAGACAACGAAUCUUCUAUCAACUUUCUUCUUUAAAGAUCUGUUUCCCUACUUGGGAUGGAUUGAUCAUCUUACUGGAUCCAUUAGAAACCUGAAAAUGGUUACAGAAGAAUUAAACGAGUUCUUUGAUGGAGUGAUCAAAGAACGCGAGGCAUUGAUGAAUGAUAAUGAGAAAGCUAUAGAUAAGAAGUACCUAGUAGAUAUUCUUCUUUAUCUUCGAAACGAGGGGCUCAAGCUUGAUCUCUCUAAAGACAACCUUAAAGCAAUACUUCUGGACAUGUUUCUCGGAGGAUCAGAUACAACAGCAGCAAUAAUGGAGUGGAUGAUGGCAGAGCUGGUGAAGAAUCCAAGAAUAAUGAAGAAAGCUCAAGAAGAGAUAAGAAGAGUAGUUGGAAAAACCAAAUCAAAGAUAACUGAAUCUGAUAUAAAUCAAAUGGAAUAUUUAAAGUGUGUAAUGAAAGAGACAGUAAGGUUUCAUGGCUCUGCAGCAAUACUUCGUCAAACGUCCGCAAAUGUUAAGCUUAAAGGCUAUGACAUUCCAGCAAAAACAAGAGUAAUAAUUAAUACAUGGGCAAUUCAUAUGGACCCGACCUUGUGGGAUAGGCCUGAGGAGUUUUUGCCAGAGAGAUUUCUUAAUAGUUCAGAUGACUCUAAAGAAGAACACAAGAAACUGUUAUUUUCAUUUGGAACUGGAAGAAGGGUUUGCCCUGGAAUGGCAUAUGCAUAUGCAGAAAUUGAAUACGCAAUAGCUAAUUUGCUGUAUUGGUUUGAUUGGAAGUUGCCUAAUGGAGCAAGAGGAGAGGAUCUGGAUAUGAGCGAAAUUUGUACAUUUGCUAUUCGCAAGAAAACACCUCUUUGGGUUGUGGCACAUUCUUAUUCUCCUUGAUUCGGAUGGGGAAUUGCAUUCGUAGGCACUGUAUGUUGUGUUUCUUGAUGUUGGGGAACUUGAAAUCUGAUCCCGUCCUGUGCAGAAAUUAGUGAUUCAGAAUUUCCUUUUUAUUUUCUUUUUUUGUGGUUAAAAAUAUGCAUCUUAGUCAUUGGCUGAAUGAAAAAUUUAUCCUAAUCAACUUGUCAUAACGAAUUUGAUGGAGUUAAUUGUGGACGACACGCUAAGUUCAACUUGGAAUUAGACAGGAAACAAA